AUGAAGAAAACUUAUGUGAUUUUUUUUCUUGUAGUGAUAUUGAUAAACUCAUUGUUUAACUCUAACGUUUUGGCUUCAUCGGUGAUUGAAACAUCAAACAAUGAUGUGUGCUAUGCACCAUGUACACAGAGGUAUAAACUUUAUGAAUGUUGGCAUGACUGCUUGCACAAGAGGUAUAAUGAUGGAGCGUGUGUUGAUGGACGAUGUUGUUGCAAAAAAUGAUAGAAAUCAAUGAAUGGUUUGAACGGUUGAAUUAUGUUUUUUUAGCAGCAGAUUUUUAUAUAC